AAGUCUGUCAAAAAUAUUACAUAACAUUUCCAUUCAUACUUCUCAAAAUUAUCAUUGAAAUGGCUUAAAAAAAAUCAUGUAAAAAAUGUAUGGGUUUCAUGUAGGUCCAUCAGAUGCUGCGAAAGAAAGAGAGAAUGAUAUUUCACAGGAAAGGCCUUUGUCAUCAAGAGAUUCAAAAUUUUUUGGGCUUUCGAUAGCAAUAAAGAAAUCACUCAAUGCAUCUUUACUGGGCUGGAGAAAUCGUACAAGUCCAGAGGCAGAUGAUAUCGAAAAUAAAUACCCAAUAUUACUUCUAUUUCCUGAUCUUCGGAAAAACCCAGUAGAUAUGCGCGCCAUCAUAGAGGGAAAUUUAUCUCCAGAAGAAAUUACAAGAAAAUUGGUUGGAAAGAAAGCCGAUUUCACGCAUUUGAAAAAAUCCAGGCGACAAAAUCUUUUUCAGGACUACACUUAUGAAGAUCAUUUACCAACAAUUUUCGAAGAACAUGUUUUUUUUGUCAGUGAACAUAAACACCGAGGAAACUUGAAACUAUGAAACCACAAAAAAUAGAUCACAAAUAUAAUUGAUAAAUAAAAUGUACACAGUACUCCAAUUUCUCAAUUAUAACAUAAAUAUCUUCUUUUUAUAAUUAUUUA